UAGACAUGUCAACCAUCCAACCACUGGUGCAGGUUUCUUUGUCGAUUUAGUAAAUUUCUGGUGAAGGCCUUUCCUUUGCUUAUGUUAGUUGGAUGAUUUGUUAAAUGGGUUUUGGAAUUGAUAGUCGUUGAGCACUCACUUUCUAUUUGGGUUGUUAGUUCCAAUGUUUGACUUCAAUUGAAGCAAACCCUCGCUUUGUUUAUCUUUAUGUGAAGCAACAAGUGGGUUUGAAAGAGAAUUGGAUUUAACAAGUUUUGAUCUUUGAAGGGGGUUGAUAUGGUUAACUUGGAGUAUUUGGGGUUUUUGCGGUUUCAGAGUGUCAGAGGUUUAGGGAUUUUGUUUCGCGUUAUUUUGGGGUUAUGGUUCUGUUUGGAGGUUCUGCAGCCGGUGGUGGGGCUCAGGCCAUUGAGGGAGCAGGCUCGCUCAUGGGGAGACGAGUGGCUUUUUAUUAGAAAAGAUGAAAAUCAAUUGGGCCCAUUUUCCGCAUGGAACAUAACAGGAACUUACAGAGGUAAUUGGAGAUUUUUAGAUUCUGCGAAUAGCUCAUCAAAGUUUACGGAUUUUCAAAAAUCCAGUGGCACUUCUGUGAUCGAAUUAGUUAGUUCACCGACAAAAAUAACGGGCAUUCAUUAUGUUCAGGGUGUAAUAAUUUUCCAUGAUGUAUUUGACAAUGAACGUAAUGUUGGCGGUGCUCGAAUCAGGGUAGAAGGUGUAUACAUAUGGCCCUUUCGACAACUUCGAAUGGUGGCUAAUGGUGAAAAAGAGGCGGAGCUGGGCCAGGUAGAAGAUUAUAUUUUAUCAAAUCCCUAUCAUAUGCUUGGUGUCUUCUCGUCUCAGGUGUUUCAAGAAUCUCCCCAAGAUAAAAUAUGGAGACGAAAAAUUUCACCAAUUUAUGAGAUGGAGAAACAUUGCAAUAUUGAAUUUGCGGCUCAGGUUUCACACAUCUCGUCCAAUCAAAAUGAUGGAGACCAUGAUCGCUAUCAUCUAGAAGGAUUGAUGGAGAGCCCUACAGUGGAUGAUGACGGGGAUUGCAUCUCACCUUUAUCAUUAAAUGCUACUUCUGUCAACAUUGAGGUCUACUAUAAUAAGGCUGUGAACUAUACCUUAAUGGUCACUUUUGUAUCUUUUCUUCAAAUUCUUUUACUGAUUCGACAAAUGGAGCAUAGCAACACUCAAUCAGGGGCUGCCAAAGUUUCGAUUCUAAUGAUCGGACAACAGUCUAUCAUGGAUGCUUAUCUUUGCCUUUUACAUUUGACUGCCGGAAUUUUAGUUGAGUCUUUAUUUAAUGCAUUCGCAACUGCUGCAUUUUUCAAGUUUGUAGUCUUCUCAAUCUUUGAGAUGCGAUAUCUUCUUGCCAUAUGGAAGGCUAGCAGGCCUAUGAAUAGUGGUGAAGGCUGGGACACAAUGAGGCGUGAACUAUCAGUUCUUUACAGCCGUUUCUAUGGGAUUCUAUUGGGAGGCAUUCUUGUUAUGUAUCAACUUCACAAUUUUAUGCGACCUAUUCUUCUUUUUAUGUACUCUUUUUGGAUACCUCAAAUCAUCACCAAUGUAGUUCGUGAUUCAAGAAAACCUUUACAUCCUCAAUACAUUUUAGGCAUGACUGUUGCUCGGUUAGCAGUCCCGUUAUAUGUGUUUGGUUGCCCUAACAAUUUCAUGCGCAUAGAACCUGACAAGAGUUGGUGUAUCUGUCUCUCUGUGUUCAUGGGCCUGCAAGCAUCAGUUCUUCUUCUACAGCACUAUCUUGGGUCCCGGUGGUUCAUUCCUCAUCAGAUCCUUCCUGAGAAAUAUAGCUACCACAGGAGAUCUGAUCAGGAUACUACUCAAACUCCAGAUUGUGUCAUUUGCAUGACUGCAAUAGAUGUGACGCAGCGUUCUAGUGAUUGCAUGGUGACGCCAUGCGAUCAUUUCUUCCACUCUGGUUGCUUACAAAGGUGGAUGGAUAUAAAGAUGGAAUGUCCAACUUGCCGGCGUCCACUGCCUCCAGCCUAGGGAGACUAUUCUACUUUGUGUUUAUAUUGCACAGGACUGAUAGACAUUCUAAACCAGUUGAUCACGGUUGCGGAAACAACCCACAUUUUGCUUGGACACACCUUUAGAAGAGAUAGCUGUGACGGAUACAGGAACUCGAACUUCUACUGAUGUUGGAAAAGUUCUUUGCAAAUCUUGUAUCAAUGAUACAAUGUAUAUUCUUAGCGCGCUUGAAAAUUAUCAAGUGCAAUUCUUAUAAUUAUCUUUGGCCUUGUUAUUGCAUUUUUUUGGUUUACUUUUGUCAGAAUAAAAUCAGUGAAAUGUAGCAAGUAUGUAAUAGGUAACUUAAGAAACUGGUUAAUGCUCAGAACUUCUCCGUUACUCUUGAAUAUUCUCAUCGGUUGAUGCUUUGACGGAA